AUGGAACCUUCACAGCCUUCGACACCGAACAAAGCAGCUGGCGCUCCUGAAUCAAAACCACUUACUCCAGAGCAAAUCCAGCGCAUUCUAAGAGGCCUUUUCCAGGAACUAAACCGCCUGAAAGCUAAGGGACUUCGUGAAAAACGAGAAGCUGAAGCACGAAACGGCGGUACCGCUUCAGCUGUAGCUGGACAGAAAAGGCCCAUCUCUUCCGUACUCUCGCCGUCCAGGACUCCAGCAAACCUUCGAGAUGGGCGAAAUAACCCGUCAACGAGAGGCGAACGGCCACUAGAUACCAUCAGGCCAGUACGGGCUUUUGCCAAAUAUGUAGAGUAUGACUUUAGCAAGAUGACAGAUACCAAAGGAGGAUUCUUGACAGCGGAAGAUGACCCCCAUAACAAGGCUCUAUACUCCAAAGAGCAGGACGGGAAGCCGGCUCAUAUGACCCAACGAGAGUGGGAGCGGUACCAGCAUCUACAGGCCGCCCGGAAAGACCCUCAUGGGCCCUUUGCCCCAGGAGCUACAGCACAGGACUCCGGCCAGCAGAAGAAGUGUCGAGAAUGCGGUACUGCAGACAUUGACUGGAAGUGGGACGAGGUCUUCAAGUGUUCCGUCUGCAGCCUCUGCAAGGAGAAGUUCCCUGAGAAAUACAGUUUACUCACAAAGACAGAAGCAAAGGAAGACUAUCUCCUUACUGACCCUGAGCUCAAAGACGAAGAACUACUGCCUCAUCUAGAGCGUCCAAACCCGCACAAGUCCACCUGGAACAACAUGAUGCUCUUUCUUCGGUUCCAGGUGGAGGAGUAUGCGUUUUCAGCGAAGAAAUGGGGAUCUCCCGAGGGCCUUGACGCCGAGUUUGAGCGACGAGAGGCAGACAAAAAGCGCCGAAAGGAGGCCCAGUUCAAGACAAAGCUAAAAGAACUCAAGAAACGCACCCAGUUUGAGGCUCAUCGAAGGAACAGAGAGGGCGGCGGCGGCUCCUUUGGCGACACUCUUGGUGGCCGCCAGAGACACGUCCAUCAAUGGGGACGGCCGGUAGACAAUCCAGAGACGGGGAUGAGUGUCAAGACCUGCGUCGACUGCGGCAUGGAGGUAGAAGAAAUAGUAUUCUAA